AUGAGUGGUUGCAUUGGCAGCAGUCGUGUGCGAGUCGUAACCGAUAGCGAUUGGUUGUGGCACUCGUACUGUAGGAGCACUGGUAGGAGCGCUAGUAGUGCAGUGCAGUCGCAACUAAGUGUUGGCUGUGGUUGCCGGCGAUGUAGUGAUGGCAUAGCGUUACCGCAUAUCGCGUUCACUAGUAAUGGCCAGAAGGGAUGUGCAGUCAAUGGACGGUCUCUACUAAUAGGCGGUGACCUAUAUAUGUGUGCUUUGAGUCCGCACUACACGACUGCCUUCCCUUUGGACGACAUUUUGUGCACACUUUCGCUAUAA